AUGCCUGCGGCGGUCGCGAAACCGUCAAAAAAUCAACUGAGAAGGGCGAAGAAGAAAGCUAAGAAAAUUGAGGAGCAAUCUAAAGGCAGCGGAGAUGUGUCUUCAACGACUCCCUCUGAGGAACCUGUAACUGCACCAACCGCCACCAAGACCGAGAGUAAACCAGACGACUCGAAGCCAAACGAUGAACUCGACUAUGCGUCAACUACGUUUGCGCCCGCCGAAGCGGACAAUGAAUUAUUUCAACUCUACCAGGAUGUGAUGGUGAAAUUUGACCAGAGUGAAACCGAAGACUCUACCACGAAAAAAUCAGAUAAACCCGAAAUGUACUUCGACGUAGACGAUAUCCCGGAUGAAGAAGAGGAAGAUAACGUGGAAGCCAAAAUAUCGAAGAAGAAGCGCAAGCAGAUGAAUAAACUAUCGGUUGCUCAGCUUAAGGCCAUGGUCCGGAAACCCGAGGCGGUGGAGUGGACAGAUGCAGAUGCUUCGGAUCCAAGGCUCUUAGUUCACAUCAAGACUUAUCGCAACGUGGUUCCCGUGCCGGGCCAUUGGUCAUUGAAGCGCGAAUACUUGUCAUCCAAACGAGGAAUCGAAAAGGCUGCGUUCCAACUACCCAAGUUUAUCCAGGAGACAGGCAUUGCAGAGAUGAGAGAUGCGGUUUUAGAGAAACAGGAUCAGCAAACACUAAAACAGAAACAGCGUGAAAGGGUACAGCCUAAGAUGGGAAAACUUGAUAUCGACUAUCAGAAGCUCUACGAGGCAUUUUUCCGAUUUCAGACGAAGCCAGAGCUGACAAGGUACGGUGAGGUUUACUACGAAGGAAAGGAGUUCGAGACCAACUUGAAGCAUCUCCGGCCUGGGGAGCUUAGUGAUGAACUAAAGGAAGCAUUAAAUAUUCCUCCGGGAGCCCCGCCACCUUGGUUGAUAAAUCAACAACGAUUCGGUCCUCCGCCAUCAUAUCCCGCGAUUAAAAUACCCGGCCUCAAUGCCCCGCCACCUCCUGGUGCGAUGUGGGGAUACCACCCAGGAGGAUACGGGAAACCUCCAGUUGACGAGCACAACAGGCCUUUGUAUGGUGGUGAUAUCUUUGGCGUGCUACAGACGCAGCAAAAUGUACAACAAGGUGAGCCGGUUGAGAAAGAUUUGUGGGGAGAGCUUCAACCACCUGAGGAAGAGGAGGAGGAAGAGGAAAGUGAGGAGGAAGACGAGGAGGAAGAGGAUGAAGAGGAUGUCGGUGCAGGGCUACAAACUCCGAGCGGUCUGGAGACCCCAAGCGGAAUGGCUUCCUCUAUUCCCUCCGAGUUUGGCGGAACACAUAGCAUUUCUGGCGAGUUUGAUGUUCGAAAGCACCACAGGGGCACAGAAACCGAAGAAUCACCGCAACCACGAUCUGCCUACCAGGUCAUACCCGAACGUGAGACACAGGUUAAGGGGUUCUUCGGCGGUGACAGAAUUUACGAUCUUAAGGGAACGACAGCCAAUCUCCCAGUCCUUGGAGCUGAGGAUGAGAACCGAAAGCGGAAGAGGCCUGGCGAUGUUGAUGUAGCUGUGGAUCUAGAAGCUUUGGAGGGUCAAAGUCUUGACAAGGAAAGCUUGAAGAACCUUUACGAAUCGCAGAAAAAGCAAGAGGAGAAUCCAAAUUGGUUCCAGGAAGAUCUCAGUGAUAUGAUUGCGAGUGAAAGCCGAAAGAGAUUGAAGAAGGACGAGGAACGGCGAACCAAGCGGUAA